AUGACCUACAUCACACAGAAAAGUCUCUGUUUAAACUGUUUCGCAAGAGGUCACCAACUCCGAGAGUGUACGAGUGCGCACAAUUGCUUUACAUGCAAAGGGCGGCACAACACUCUCCUCCAUCGGGGUGACACUGCCCACAAUGGUGCCUCUUCAUCGUCCAAUAUACAGUCCACUCCAAAUCCAACGGCAACAAAUGUGCAGAAUUUCUUUGCCAAUAAUGCUCAGAAUGUCCUUCUUGGCACGGCGGUCAUCAAUGUAUGCCACUUGGGCACUACAUAUACCGCACGUGCGCUACUUGAUUCCGGGUCCGAAGCGAUCUUCAUUUCUGAGCGUUUGUUCCAACGCAUUAAGUUGCCUUUCCAGUCCGUGCGAGCCCAGGUAUCCGGGCUAAAUCACGCAGUUGCGGCCCAAUCGCAGAAGUUAUGUCACUUCAGCAUUGGUUCUCCGACGAAGCCGAGGCUCCAUAUCGAGACUUCGGCAUUCGUAAUCCCACAGUUGGCAGGCAAACUGCCCUCCUUCGAUAUGCCGCGAACUUUCCUAAAGGAUCUACCAGCGAUAGAAUUGGCAGAUCCACACUUCUACAAGAGCGCUCAGAUCGAUAUACUAAUUGGCGCGGAUAUCCUUCCGUCGGUCAUCUUGAGCGGCUCCCGGCCAAACAUUUGUGGCUCACUCCUUGGGCAGGAAACCGUGUUUUGGCUGGAUUCUUACCGGCCCCGUCUCCCAGAGUAUGUCGACAACUGUUUCUGCGUUUUCGACAAGAGUCGCCCUCCAAGCAGAAGAACAGCUCGACAGCCUACUUUCCAAAUUUUGGGAGGUGGAGGAUAUUCCAGCGAAGCUGAUAAAGGAGUCAGACUUCGUUUGCGAAGAAACUUCGUUAAGACUACUUCUCGUAGCAAAUGUGGCAGAUAUCGGGUGACUCUUCCAUUCCGGAAGCCCGAUGGCAUUGAACUGGGUCAUUCCAGAUCUAUAGCGCUGGCUCAAUUCCUCAAGAACGAGAAUCGUUUGUCAAGAAACGACUCUCUAAAGGAACAGUACAAUGCCGUUCUCCAGGAGUACGUGGACUUGGGUCAUAUGACACCCAUUUCGCCUCAGGCGAUUGUCACGACUCCUAAUUUCUACCUGCCUCACCACGCCGUGUUCAAACCAGAUAGCACCACAACGAAGGUGCGGGUCCUUUUCAACGCAUCUUGUCCAUCCUCGAAUGGCAAGAGUCUGAAUGAUAUCCUUCAUUCAGGGCCCAUUCUCCAAUCGGAUCUCACGUUGCAGAUCCUCAGAUGGCGAUACUAUCGAUAUGUGUUCAAUGCGGACAUAACGAAGAUGUAUCGCCAAAUCCUCAUGGACUCGAAGCACACACCGUUCCAACGAAUUCUGUUUCGUACGUCGGACGGUGAGAUCCGUGACUUCGAAUUGAACACAGUGACAUUCGGUGUCAACUGUGCGCCUUUCCUGGCGCUACGAGUCCUCCAGCAACUUGCUGAUGACAUACGCUUGGAGUAUCCUCUCGCAAGCCGAGUCAUUUCCAACAACAUGUACGUGGACGACGUCCUAGCGGGGACACACACAAGAGAAGAGGCCAUCCGGACCAUUGCGGAAUUGUGUGCAGCCCUGGACAGCGCUGGCUUCCCGCUGAGGAAUACGGCGAAAACUCUGGGCAUCAGGUGGCAAGCUCACGAUGACGAGUUCUUCUUCAUGCCACCAGAAGUUGCCCAUCAGGACUCCUACACGAAGAGGGAAGUGAUCUCGCAAAUCGCUAAGCUUUUCGACCCAGCCGGGUGGCUGGCCCCUUUCGUUAUCCGAGCCAAGAUCUUCAUGCAGGAGAUCUGGCUGAGAACGCUCGAAUGGGACAAGCAUCUACCCACAGAUCUUUCACUCCAAUGGAAGGAGUACCUCCAGAGCUAUCCUGCUCUGGGAAAGAUCCGGAUUCAAAGAUGGGUCCAAUUCCAGACACGGGUGAAGCUCCAGUACCACGGAUUCUGUGAUGCAUCAGAAAGGGCGUACGGAGCAGCGAUCUAUGUCCGUGUGGAGACGGCGAACAAGUUUUCCACACAUCUCCUUACUGCGAAGACAAAGGUGGCUCCUGUCAAGUCUCUCUCAGUGCCACGUCUGGAGCUUUGUGACGCAGUCCUGUUGGCUGAGUUAUUUGCAGCCCUCCUCCUGAAUCUGCCAGCAGAAAGAUUCCAGACUUUCUUUUGGACUGAUUCAACAAUUGUUCUCGCCUGGUUGAACAAGCCACCCUGCAGAUGGACAACCUUUGUGGCCCAAUCGCGUGUGCAAGAUCGUCCAAGCCAGCGACGCCAAGAAUUGAGUGGCUUCAUCUCCCGUCGGAUCAAUGGCCAACAUCUCCAAAUCCCAUUCCGGAGACUGCUGGAGCAGCGGAUUAAGUGCAGCGUCGCUAAGUUACCUCCGACUCCCGACUUCCUGAGCAAGUUCUCUGAGUUUGGCAGGGCACUGCGCACGUCUGCCUAUGUUCUCCGAUUCAUCGACAGGAGUCGGAAGUUCCAAGCUCUACCGUGGUCCAGGCGGAUGAGCUGUCACGGAUCCAAGAGCGGCUAA